GCAUCAAAAUGUCUGGCCGCGGCAAAGGAGGAAAAGUCAAGGGAAAGGCAAAGUCCCGAUCAUCUCGUGCCGGACUUCAGUUCCCAGUUGGUCGUAUCCAUCGUCUGCUCCGCAAGGGAAACUACGCAGAACGUGUCGGAGCUGGAGCUCCCGUCUAUCUGGCCGCUGUCAUGGAAUAUCUGGCAGCUGAAGUGCUGGAAUUGGCAGGAAACGCCGCUCGUGACAACAAGAAGACCCGUAUCAUCCCGCGUCAUCUUCAGCUGGCCAUCCGCAAUGACGAGGAGUUGAACAAACUGCUCUCGGGCGUCACCAUCGCUCAGGGAGGUGUUUUGCCCAACAUCCAAGCCGUUCUGCUGCCCAAGAAGACCGAAAAGAAGGCUUAA